AUGCCCAGGGACGGUGAGUGGAGGAAGAUUACAGUGUCCACCUCUUCGAGCCACGCGGUCAAAAAGUGGAUGUCAGUUAGUGCGUUCGAGAAGGUUGAGGAUAGUGAGUGUCCUCGAGGAAAGGAAUUUGUGCAGGAUUACGUCAAGUCAAGACGCAGUUCAGUGCCACCAUCCACCACCCCCAACGCGAAGUCGAGACUGGCCAUGGUUUACGCUGAACCGACCAAACUCAGUAUCGCAGACCUGCAAACCCUGGACUGUUGGGCAAACCCAAAGGAACGCUCCGACAUCCAUGCGCUUGAGAACAGGUUGGUCACGUUCCUGAUCUGCGACUACUGGCAGAAACGUGGCAUUCAGGACCUGGUGGUUCUGGGCAAUCGUGUCUUUGGACCCCCAAGGACUCUGACAUGUGGCGUUGAACGCCGUGGAGGCUACAAGCUGAAGCUUCUAUUCGCCUCUGGCAGCGACCCCAGCAUCCACAGGACGCCCUGCAAUCAGCUCUUCUUCAAGCCCAUCCAAGUGUCUGACUUCAUGGUCGAGCAAGCAGGAGCGACUUCUAAUGGGAGCCACGACGCUCACAUUACGAGGCUGAACAAACUGCUCAAAGGCGUUUUGGUUGAUUGUUUCUUCAGCAAGAAAGCCAAAUCACAGGCUAUUCAGCAAGUCGUCAACCUCAACGCCAACGAGAUCGACAUCCCUUCACCCGGAGCGGUCCCGUCAAGUAUCACCCUUGCGGAGCUGUUCUCUCGCGUUCAUGGCCAUCCUCUUCGCUUUCCCAAGUUGCCCUGCAUCGACUUUGGGACUGGAGGUCGUCACUUCUAUGUUCCAGCUGAAGCUUGCUUGAUCAAUCCCAACCAGCCUUUCGGCCAUCCGCUGCCGCUCGUCGUCGACGAUGCCGCAUUCGUACCUCGUCAAGCGAACAUCAAGCGCAGUACGAAAUCCCCCAUGCAAGUGAACCCGUUCGGCGAGCUUGGCACGAAGGAUUUCUCGUUCUGCUUCGCGCAGGUGGUCAUCCUGCCGGAAGGUGCGCAUAAGGAAGACUUGGAUGAGUUCAAGCACUUGUCUACCGCCAGAUGGGAGCGAUUCCAAGACGCCAUUGGGAGUCGAUUCCGCAACAAGCUUGACAAUCUGGUGAGAGAUGCCGACCAUGUCGUUUUGCCGUACCGGCAAGGCGUCGACUCGUCGAGAGAAUGGGCAGAGUUGCUGUCACGGUUGGCAGGUGAGCGGAGAGGAGUGAAGAAGGUCCUCAUCGCUUGCAUUCCUGCUGGACAGUUCAACAACGCCAUCCACAAGGCCUUGCACAGGCUGUGCGAUACUGAGCUUGGCAUUCAGUGCAACAUUGUCACGGCUAGAGAGGUCGGUAAGCGAGCUGCGCCAGGCAAUGGGCCAACGUACGACACUCUGACCAAGUACACUGGUGCUGUCGUGCGAAAAGUCUUCGCUCGUGCUUCCUUGCCGGGCAAGACCAGCGAAGACGACAAGAAGGAAGCUUUGUUCCAGGAGCAUUACGGUGCGGCGCUGACCAAUUCGAGCCUUGCUGGCACUUCAACCCCGAGCAAGCUGCUUGUCGGCAUCCAUGUGCAGCUUCUCACUGAGGUUUUAGCUGCAUCGAGUGCUGACAUGAAGAGCGUGAAUCAUCUCUUGAUCACUGUCUCCACGAUCUCCGACCAGCAUGCCGUUGCGGAAACAGUGCGCACCACUCAGCACGUUGUUUCGCUGGACGUCAAAAGCCUGCAAGAGAAGGUGCAUCGAUGUGUUCAGCUUCAUCUCUCUCGUGCUGACGGAAUGAGCAAUUCUGUUCAGCAGCUGGCGUUCUUCCGCUCCGGCUUCGGUGCGCAAGAUCGCAUGCAUAUGCGCUCGGAGAUGGAAAAGCUUGCGAGCCUCGCAGUCAGAUCUCCUUCUUCCGACCAGUCCACAUCAAAUGUGACGGACUUCUACACGUUCUUGGAACCUCCGACGCUGCAUCUGUCCGAAAACUCCAAAACGAUCGUGCUGGAUGACAUCAACUGCGUGGCGAAGCUCAAAGGCCUUGCCGGGCCAGUACCAGGUCGUUCUCACUCCGAACUCUUCCACUUUGAGCCAGAGCAAGUGAGGUCUGAGCAAAGAACUGUCGGUGUCGCUGACGCACACAUGGCUGACCUUUCCAAGUUCAACAGCACUUUGAAGAAGGUAUUCGUCCGUGCACACACCGACCUCCAGCGCAGCCACAAGACGUAUCUCAUUACUCAUGCUCAGACCGUGCAGGAGGUCGAAAAAGAUGGGCGCGAUUGCACGGACUUUGAGAAGCUGGUGCAGGCCAAAGGUCUCAGUAGGCCGUCAGUCCUGCUCACAGGCAAAGUCGAAGCAUUCCGCAAUGCGAUUCUGCGCGACACGCCACUCGCCACGAGUGACCUGCAGCUUUACUUCUUCCAUUCGUACCUGCAGAAGGCGGUCCUGCCGGACAUCAUGUUCCUGACGCAGAAGGCGGCCAACCGAGCACUGAAGUACGUCGAGCUUGGUCAGGGUCAGGACGUUGACGGUGAAGAGACCCCCUACACCAUGCCAGAGAUCCACGAAGCUCUUCAGCACAGCCUCUACUUCUUGUAG